ACGUCAGAUCACCGUAUUUCACUCAAGCGCUCCAUGAGCCCUGUGAAAAGGUGGUUUACUGACGAAACCUACAAUGACUAGCUAUCGAUUUAGUACGCAAGUGGCUGACUGGCCCCUCCUCCCAGCCUCUGAAAGGAUAAAUAUAUUGACUGGAUGGACCCAAGGCAGUGGAUUGCUUGCCUUGCUUGAGGGAGAACUCAUUGUGCAGCGUUUGUCUGGGGCCAUACAUUGAGUACCAUGGACAGGGUUCCUGUUUUGAAUUACUGCUUAGGACUCCUGGGUUUGUUACUACUGCAGGGAGCGCUAAAUGUUGAGGGAAGGAGCAUAUUUAACCCUGGAAACCAUGUUUUUAAUCCCAAAGAAGACACAGAUGCCCAGAGCAAAGUUCUAGCACUCUUACUACACAAAAGCUUAAUUCCAAUUGAAAAGGAUGAUCCUCUAGGUCUUGAGCUGGCUAAUAAAUUAGCUGAAUUAGAGCAGCUGCGGGCGCUGAGGGAGGACCUGGAGUUGGAGAGGGAGAUCACAGCCAAUUUGGCAGAAAGCAAAUCCAUAGCUCAGAAGAGGGGCGAACCUUGCUUCUGGAAAUACUGUGUCUGAGACGGAUGCAAGAGGAGGAGGACCACUGUGAAAUCUUGCUGCAAAGCCCCACAUAGCCUUAAGACUCACACCAGUAAUAUAAUCACACUGUAUUUAUCUCAGCAAUAUAGAGUUGUAUAAUAAUCAAUGUCAUCAAUAAACGUUUCAUUACCACUGCACUGAGGUGCUCUCAUGAGAGAUCUAAGGACUGUGGUUGUAAAUCUUUAAUCUGUAAAUAAUCAGCUACUCCCUGGAAAUACUUGAGGGUCAGAUAUGACAAAAAUAUACUUGUCUUCAAAGACAUCAUUGUCAUUAUUAUUUUAGCAGGGAUUUUGUUGCCCACUGCUUGUGUUUAUGUUGCUCUCUUGUGGCUGAAUUGUGCAUAACAUUUUUUGUAACUGCCAACAUCUGUUCCUGCUUCGUUUUACAAAACAAUAAAAUCAUAAUGUGAAUCUGUA